AUGGCGGGCCAGACCCCCAUCUUGGAUCAAUUCCUCCGCAGCGUCGCUAGUUUCGUCCAGAAUCGCGAUGGCGCCAAGUUACAAGACUUUCUGCAGAUCGAGCCUCCGCUCUCCGAUAUCUACCAACAAAUGAUCCAAGAAUUGCGGCGACGAUACCCGAGUCCUCAAGGUGACAAUGAGCUACUACAACGGUGUGAAGGACUGGUUCCGCGCACCAAAGGCGCCUCAUCGUGGAUAGCAUUCCCAACAUUCAUGAAGCUAUACUUUGCAUUCCUGCGCGAUGUGAACGUCGAUAACCUGUUGGAGACCUACAACCGACUCAGGGGACUGCUAAAUCAAUGUGUGAUGGCUCUAGGAGACAGCCAAAUGGGUGUCAUUGUCCUUCCAACCGUUUUUUAUCUAUCGAAAGUACUGGCAAAAUUGGCCAUGGGAUUGGACCGCAGACCUGAGCUCAUAGCGCAUCUCCUGCGCUCGGAGGGCCUUGCCGACCGCGAGGAGAGUAUCGAAAAAGUGACAUUGGUGGAACAGUCGGCGAAUGUGGUUCGCGAAGCUUUUAUCAAGUGCUUGACCGAUCGCUCCGGUACUCCAGGUCCGCAAGGAAAGCCCGAGGGCAAGCGCAUUGGUAUCUAUCUCAUGGCCAACCUGUGUCUCAAAUUGCUUUUCCAAUGCGGUAAACUUCGAAACGCAGAGCAAAUGUUUGCCAGCAUCAGCGCCCAAUCACCUCCUUUGGCCCGUUUUCCAGCUUCACAACGUGUCACUUACCUCUACUACCUCGGUCGCUAUCUUUUUUCCAACAACCUCUUCUAUCCUGCUCAGAUCGCCCUGCAGUCCGCUUAUGACCAGUGCCAUCGCCAGGCACUCAGCCAGCGACAUCUGAUUCUCACCUACCUGAUCCCAUGCAAUAUCAUCAUGGGUCGCUUCCCAUCCCAAAAACUUUUACAAAGAAACGAGGCGCAAGGGUUAGCGGAACACUUCGAACCUUUGCGCCGUUUAAUCAUUCGUGGAGAUUACAUUGCAUUCCGCCAACAUCUCUCCCUAAGCUCGUCCAGUGCUCAAUGGUUCUCGCGAAAGGGGACCUUGCUUGCUAUCCGCAACCGAUGCGAAAUUCUGGUGUGGCGAUCGUUCUGUCGCAGGGUAUUUAUCGAGGGUGGUUUUCACGGCGACCUCCAGGUGAAUGGGCAGCGUGGCCCACCACCCUACCUCUAUUUACAGAAAAUGGCAGUGGCCACGCAAUGGCUGCGAUCCAAGCAUAACCAAUUGCCCCUCAAUGGCAACAGCAAUCUCAACACGCCUCAGUAUUAUGGGCCGCAGACUAUAUCCGAGCCAACUGAUCCUGACUAUGCGGAUCUCGAAGAUCCAAGCCGUGUCGCUGCCCCGGAAGCAGAUCAAAGCAUCCUGGGAAAAUACGGUGACUAUAUUUCCCCAGAUAGUUUCUUUGAUGAGGGUGGCCAUUCACAGCAAAAUACGCCGGGUCAGUUGGUUGAUGGCGAUCCGAACGUCGAUUUCGAGGGACUCGAACUGGACCCGUAUGCCGCUAUUGAUGACUUCGAAGUGGAUCAACCUUCUCUUCUCAUGCGGGAAAUUGAAUCAAUUCUCUCCUCGCUACUCACCCAGGGGCUGAUGCGUGGCUAUCUCACCCACCGCAACCCUCGCUUUGCUAUUCCUGGUGCUCGACUUCGAGGCGCCCUGCCGACAGGAUAUCCCAAUGUUUGGCAGACCAUUUCGGCUCGUGAACGGGAAGACUCGAGCGUCCCCGGAUGGGUUCGGCCUCCACCCACCAUAAUCGGUGGCCCGGCAAUGGCUGCCGGUGGUCGGGUCGUGAAUCUGUCUGGGGCUCGACCGGUCGGAGUCCAAUAG